GCCUUUUGCUCCUGCGGUAUUUAACCCCUUGCGUACCAUGUGUACCCAACAUCAUUGGUUCAAACCGGAUGGUGUAGAUACGGGUAUACGUAUUUACAAUUGCGCUGCUAGGCGUCAAGUUCCUUUGAUAUUGCCCAGAGAGAACUUUUUAACCUGGUAUACUUGUGGUCCCACCGUCUAUGAUUCCUGUCAUUUGGGUCAUGCCAGCUGUUAUGUAAAAUUAGAUAUUAUACAACGCAUACUAAAACAUCAUUUCAAUUUGAAUGUAGUAACGGCCAUGAACAUUACCGAUAUCGAUGAUAAAAUCAUUAGAAAAAGUCAGGAGAGUGGUGAAAAUUGGCGUGAUAUUUCGCGACAUUAUGAAGCUGAAUUUUGGUCAGAUUUAAGAAAGCUGAAUGUACCAGAACCUAAUAUUAAGCUACGUGUUACGGAACAUAUACCACAAAUUAUAUCAUAUAUUGAUGAUAUAAUCAUUAAGAAGUGUGCCUAUGUGGGUCAAGAUUCCUCGGUGUAUUUUGAUGUGAAACAAUUUCCGAUUUAUGGUAAACUGCAAAAUUUGAACUUAAACGAAAGUAAUCCUUUAGCCAAACCUGAGGAACAACACCAAAAGCUUUCUGCCUUGGAUUUUGCUUUGUGGAAGGCCCGCAAAACGGAAAACGAACCAGCAUGGACAUCACCCUGGGGUCUGGGACGUCCCGGUUGGCAUAUUGAGUGCAGUACUCUGGCCAAUAUGGUCUUUGGCAAAAGUGUUGAUGUCCACGCUGGUGGUUUGGAUUUGAAAUUUCCCCAUCAUGAAAAUGAGGAGGCCCAAAGUUGUGUCUAUCACAAUACACGGCAAUGGGUAAACUAUUGGCUACACACUGGGUAUUUAAACAUCAAAGGACAAAAUGAGAAAAUGUCCAAAUCCUUGAAGAACACAAUUUCCAUUGAUGAAAUGCUACAGCAUUACACGGCAGACGAAUUUCGCAUGGCUUGCGUGCUCUCGAACUACCGAAAUUCUAUGGAAUAUUCCACAGAAAUGAUGGAUACCGCCAAGAAUACUCUCAACAAAUUCCAUAGUUUCAAAACCGACUGUCUGGCCUAUUUGAGUGGCAAGAAGGUGGGUUCCAACGUCAUUUCCUCAACCAUAUUACAAAAUCUCAACUACUGUAAAUCGAACAUAGAAUCAUGUAUUCGAGAUGAUUUUGAUACGGCUCGUUGCAUUAGUAUUUUACUAGAUCAAAUUUCAAGUAUUAGUAGAUGCAUUAAUUCCACAAGGAGUCAUGGUGAAGAGGAUACUGGUUUAAUUACCGCAUCCUGUUUGGAUGCUGUUGCUGCCGUCAACAAUUAUGUGGAUAGUGUUUUGCACCAAUUUGGUUUUUCCGAAACCUCUGCAACUAAUCGUGUUUUGAGCGAUGGAAAUCAUUUGGAUUUUAAUGCUCUAUUAGAUGAUAUUUUGGAUACACGUAAACUGAUACGAGAUCGUGCUGUCGCGAAUAAAAAUAAGGUACUAUUUGAGGUUUGCGAUGAAUUGCGCAAUUGUUUGCGUCAACAUGGCAUUGAGAUAAAGGAUCAUGCUCAGGGCAGUUCAUGGAAUCUAAUUAGAAAUAAGAAUAAUAGCCAUUACACACCGCACCACCACUUAACAAUGCGAGAGAAUCGUGAGAGUAAUAAAGAUGAUGAAGCCAAUGGGGCUGCAGCAGUGCAGCAACAACAGCCAAACAAUAUACCAGCACCAAAUAUGCCCAAACAUAUACCAUUCCCAGAUCCUGCAUCAGCAUCGGAGAUAUUAAAUGAACUAAUCAUGUUCUUGUUUGUCACCUGUGUUAGUUCAAUGCAGUUUAUAAAUAUUUAUCGCACCAAUUGGUGGCUACCCAAGGUGGCAAUUAGUAAUACAGUAAAUCUCUCACACAUUGACCCAUAUUUGAUCUUGCUGAUCAUUGUCAUGAACAUAAGACGUUUGAUAUAUUGCCUAUGUCUCAAGGGUUUGGAUUUCUUGUUGCCAGCAAAUUUACAACGUAUGCAUCGAAUAUUUAAAUAUGUUUUAGAAAUAAUGGUCUUGGCCUUGCCAGUUUCCUGCAUAGUUAUGAUGUAUCAUAAUCGUAACUACUUGACAAUAUUUUUGCUGAUUUAUCCAUUUAUAGUUUACUUUUUGGCCUUUGGUUUUGCUUUGGAACCAUUCCUGCGUUUCAACUACGAAAUCAAGGGAGCCUAUUUUAAUGGUUUCCCUCUACACUGCUGUUCGGCUAAUCCCAAUUGUAUUCGAUUUGAAAUCGAUGUACUGCGUAAUGAUUUCAAUUGUAGAUUUAAACAAGUCAUAUUUACUUCGCUGCUGAAUACCUAUUAUUCUGCAUUUCUGCCCUGCUAUUUUGCCCAUAAUGUCAACUACAAUGUUUUGUGGGCUGCCCAACAUAUUGUUUUGGUAUUUUUAAGUGUUUUUACAAUGUGUACCGUAUUUAGUUUUCCCUCGAAAUAUAGUGAUAUUUUACAUCGUGCCGCACUGCAUUUGGGCUAUUGGCUGAAAUUGGAUUUAAGACCGGGUGCAGAUUGUGUUGUGGGAGCCUCAGCUGCGAAUUGGUUGAAAACAACGCUAUGGGGUCCUAGUACGGUGGUGAAAUUUACCGGAGAUUUAUAUCGCAGUGUGGGACCCGUUACCGUGGCCAUACCCGGUAAUGUGACACAUGAAAGGUUUUAUAAACUUUUUCACAAUCCCUCCAUGAUCUAUGGCAGUCUGACAAUGAUCCAGGCCUGUAUGGUUAUAUCGGGCAUAACCCUAUUAUAUUAUGCCAUUGAAUGGCAUUUCAUAUUAUCUUUAAGUUUUAUAACAUUAACAAAUCAAUUUACAUUUUUCAAAUUGAUGCGUGAUUAUUUGAUAACCAAACGGGUUUAUUUGGCCGAAUCGUCAAUAGGCGAUGCAAAAUUAAUGGAUUAA